AUGAAUUCUCGAACACGCGCAGGGAGGGGUCUGGCGGCUGGUCAUUCUGCAAGCAGCGAGCAAGGAAGGCGGUGGAACGCGCGCUCCGUGAGUCAUGACUUAGCUCAGAGAGCCCCAACAUCUACUAUCUUUUACUCCAGGCAGCCCGAGCCAAAAAAGGAAUGGUCGCUUUAUCCUUCUCCAUCUGCGGAGGCUGCUGUAGCUGAUGUUGGGGAAGGGCGUCUUGGAGACGCUGUUAGCGGUGCCUUGCAGGACGAAGUCUUGGAAUGCUUCAGCUUCUUUGACACAGACGGCGACGGGCUAGUUCUUGUUACUGAAGUAGCCACAAUGCUUCGAAGCUUGGGGUUUGUGGUGCUUGUGGAGCAAGCCAGGGCAUUUGAGAUGGAGAUGCGCCGUCAAAAAGUGACUACGGUGAACUGUCGAACUUUUUCUUGGAUCGCCAACAAGGGCUUUCCUAGGAGAGCGGACCCCGUUGACGUUCUUGCUGCCUUCAACCUCCUGGAUCGAGAGAAGAAGGGAGCUGUCAAUGUUGAGGAAUUGCGUCAUCUCUUGACCACUGUUGGAGACCCUCUUAGUGAGGAGGACUGGCAAAAACUGCUGAAAAUAACCUUUACUACACGCGCAUGUGCAACACCCAUCUCCAUGAAAAGUGGAACCUUCAUGAAGCUAAUUUGCUCCUUAGACGAGGGCGAAAGUGAGUGGGCUGCAGCCGCCGCCCUACUGCAAUCACGCAGAGCUGGGAAUCAAUCGUUGUUGUAA